CCUAAACAAAAUGGCGAGAGACUCAUGAACUCCGCCGAGGCGUUGGUUACGUUUUCGCUUUGCUCAUCUGAGGAAAAAACAUAAUGUCAAAAGCCGGGAAAAGAGUGAAAAGCGGAACUGGACAACAGGGAGGUGCAAAAUGGGAGCAGGCACUUCUUACUGCUGCAUUUGAUGAGGAAAAAUGGAAAUCAAACAUAACCUUUGUAGUUGGCAACACAGUUGAAGAUUAUGUUUACAUCAACGUCCUAGCAGCAGCUAUUGCAGGAGGCACAAGGAAACUUUUCAGUGUUAUUGGCAAAGAGAACCUCUACAAUGAGGUCCGUGACCUCGGUAACCCAAAGGCCAAGAAAGGAAAGGAGGUACCAGCUUAUUAUGAAGUGUGUGAGCCAUGCAAACUCUACCUGGACAAUGGAGAAGACAUUCCUCUUCCUCUUUUAGCCAGGCUUAUCAAGUUCAAACUGUUGGCCAUCAAAACAACUGACCUGAAAAGAAGAGAAGCAGAGAAGAAGGCUGAGCAACAGAAUGCCAAGUCAGAGGCUGUUACAGACAAGGACAAAGGGAAGAAGGACAAGAAGGACCGUGCCAAGUCCCCCAAGAAGGGAGGCAAGAAGACCCCUGAGCCCCAGUCAGCUAAAGAAGGGAGCAAGCUGCGGAAGAGGGGGGAUGAGGAUACAGAGAGUAAAUAUAUUGAUGAUGAGCCUGAUGAUGGUGCCCAGCACUAUGUGGUCAUCUAUGGAUUCCAUAACCCACAUCUAUUUGGUCAGUUGUCGGAGGUGGGGGUCAACGUGGACUCAGUCAUCAUGUUUUCAGCUCAAGACUACAGCCCGCUGGUGGAGACCCAGCCAGAGGAAAAGACAGACAAAGAGAAGGAUGAAAAGACAUUAGCACUGGAAGAGCAGAAUCGAGCAGAGAAGAAGAAGAUCCAGAAUGAGAUUAAGAAUUUCUGGAGAGACCUGCUGUUGUUGCUGCAGCGGAACCCAGACACAUCCAAACUUCAUGAUAUCCCAUGUCUGCAGUAUGAGGUCAAAUCCCUCAUUGUCCCAGAGAGUCUGGAGGAGAAUGACCAGAAGACCAACUUCGGCACAGCUCUGUUUGAAGAUAUUGCUGUGAUGAUGUAUGACCUGAUUGAUUCCCGUCGUCUGUACCACACAUACCUGGACAACCUGAAGCUGCUGAACGUCCCAAUGUAUGGACUACCUCCAGCACCCCCUGCUGGCCAGGACACACAGUCCAGUGGUACAGCAACUCCAGGAGCUCAAGCUGCUCCCCAGGUCAGUCAGACAUCACUGACCACAGGUGACCAGGCUGACCAGACAGUGGACUUGAGAUACUACAAUGAUCUGAUGAACUGUAUUCCCCAGGAGAGUGUCAGCGUGCCUCUCAUCAUGCACUGUAUGCUGGAACAGAUUGAGGCUUCUGAGCAAAGUAAGGAUCCCCCAAGUGAACAGCCUCCUCCUGCUCGCACCGACGGCCUCAACAACCUCCUAGCAUCUCACCUCAGUGAUGUUGCCUUCAAACUCGCGCUUAGUGAAGGCGAGCACAAGGAGUUAUCCGAUGUGUUUGACCUCCCUGAGCGACCUCCAGAUGUGCCACGACAACCGCUCUUGACCAACAGCAAGGAUGACAGCACGAUGAGGACGCACCAUCUCAAUACCACCUAUGGAUUCAACCCACAGCAGACUGAGAAAGAUAUGCUGAAACACAUCAUGUUUGCCCAGUCUCAGGAUCUGCCACGUCCAACGUCAGGCAUUGUCCGAGAAAGAGCUGCUCGCCUACAGGAACUCAUCCAUUUCUGUGCUACUGGGGCAAUGUCACCGUCAGAAAUUGACCGAGCCUUCAAACAGUUUGUAUUUGAAUCAAUGGACCUUGCUGGAACUGAUGCGAAUGGGUUUAUCAUAACCCGGGAUAGUGAGGGCAUGGAACACUCGGCUAUCCCCUGGGAUGAUCCUUACCCCUACUACAGGAGUAUGCUAACACUUCAGGAUAAACCACACCCUCCCAAGCUGUCUAUGUCCACCUCACCCUCUGAUGAGGAGCGGUCAGGCAGUGAGCUUGACUGGACGGAUGUGUCCCUCCCUUGCUCCCCCUGUCCCUCACGUAACUCCCCCUUCCCCAUCCUUGCACAGCCUGCAACUAACACCCAAGCUGAGGAGCCUCAGACGUCUAAGACUUGCAGGCAGGGUCGACCUAGAAACAAAAAAGUUAAAAGAGGACGAUCACCAACUCCAGAUAACCGGUCAAAGAUUGCCAGUGAUUGUGGUGGGGACUCUAUUGCAUCUGGUAGGAAGGAGGGAGAUGGCACACCCAUCCUGACACGCCCAUCCACAGCAGAUAGCAAGAAGGGCAUUCUUCGUCCACAGUCGAGAUCUAACUCCUUAGAGAAACAUUCAAGAAGCAACUCGGUGCACUUUGAGGUAGAUCAUGAGGGUCGACCUGUGCCUCCACACCAGACUGACGGGGAGGAGGAGGAGGUGACAGCCCGGGGGGAGGGGCAGGAGCAGAGUGUGGAGGACAGCAUCAAGGACAUUGUAGAGGCCCAGAAGAGGAUCUUGGACCAGUGGUGCUUUGCUGAACAUUUUGAAAAUUCAAUACUUCUGCAGGUGAUGAAGGAAGCAUCCUACAGUCUGCCCUUCAUGGAUACUUACUACCAUAAGCGGGACCACUCCCUCCUGGUGGCACUGCACAACCCCUACAACACAGAGCUGCAGAACCACGUGGACUGGCACACAGAACUGCACUCCAACAUGGGAUUCAGGAAUUACCUGGAGUAUGUGGCUGAGUCAGUGAGUGACUGGCUGAAGGAGAAGGAGGCUGAGUACCAGGGGCAGAGGCUGUCCAAGGAAGUUGGCCAGAUAAUGAAAGAUGACGAGGAGGCUGCAAAGGCUUUAGAGAAAGCUGCCAAGGGGAGUCGGAGCAAGUCCCCAAGCAAGACCAGAAAUCGUUCCAAGAGUCCCCGAGGCUCACGCAACAACAGCCUAGAUCGGCCACCAUCUGAGAACAGCAACCCCUUCAUCCGUGCAGGGUCACUGAAGGCAUGGAAAGAGGAACAGGAUCGCGUCAAGGCUGAGGAGGAGGAGAAGGAGAGAGCUAAGAGUGAGAAGAGGUCCAAGUCACCCAAGAAGAAACAAGAUGAGGAGAAGGAGGACAAAGAAAAGGAGAAGAAGCGUCCAGGGUCUCGAGGAAGUGCCAAGUCCAAGGCAUCGCAGAAGGAUGCUCAAGAGACGCAAGAGGUGCCAGGAAAUACAGAGCCUCAGGAGGAGGAGAGAUAUUGGCCGUAUACUGGCUACGAUGUAGGAAACAACCUUGUUCAUGUUUCUGGCAUCGUGACCACCCUCUUUCCCUCGGAUGGUGGUCAGAUUAGGACCGAGAGGACAGACUUUGUUCAAGGCACCACCAGUGUCUGUACCUCCGUGCUGAAGGACAACCAUGUCAUGUGUGUCCACAUCCUUGACCCAUGUGAGAGCCUAGAGGAAGAAGAGGAAGAGCUAGACAAUGGAGAAGAGAAGAAAGAUGUGCCAGAAAAAUCUGAGUUGGAGAAGUCGGAGAAAGAGUCUGCAGAUAAACCAUGUGAUGAUGAGAAGGAGGCAGCUGAAGUUUCCCGAAAGAAAUCUGUGAGUGCAUUUGGCUCCAUCACAGCAUACCUGUCAGACGGCAUGAGCCUUGCUCUCUCUCAGUUUGGAGCAGACGGCAAAGCAGAAGAUGGCAAGAAAUACGAACCCGAAGUGUAUGUCCCCCAACCAAUCAGCACCAGCCCCCUCCCCCAGGCAUCGCAGGGCUCCCCAAGCAAGGGCAAGAAGGACAAGGGGAAGGGUGCCCCCACACCAGAGCCCCCACAACAGCCUCCCCCUGAGGAGGAAACACAGGAGGAGACAAUGCCGGAGGAAGAGCCUGAUGUCCAGCAGCCCUUCCAGCAGCUGUAUGUGACAUGUCCAGAUGGCCUGCAUGUCCGAUACUUCCUGCAGAGCACCGUGGGUGUGAAGCCAAACUCGGAGGAUGACCGCCAGUUAGUGGUCAAACAGAGCUACCCAUUCAAAACCAAGGGCUCCCAGCCUUGUGAGGCUGCACGGAAGAUGUAUGUCCUCACAGAACAGUCCCGAGUGAUCACUGCUGAUGGCACGGUGGUCAAGACUCUCCUAGAUGGAACUGUUGAGGUUCUCCACUCUGAUGGCACUGUACACAAGCACACAGGGUCGACUCCCUUGGUUACCAGCAGAAGUAGCUCCCCACAUCGGGGUGAGAGCGGCAAGAGUGGCAUGGAGACUCCCACCAAGAAAUCUGUACGUAGUGCCAGAGGGAAGAGCCAUUCCCCAGACAAACUCGGCGAGCAUGUGGCACCUGAAGAGUCCAAUUCCAAGAAGGGGACCUGGGUGAUGACAUACCCGAAUGGUGACAGGAUGGCCAUACACUCAGACGGCACAGCGGAGGAACUGAAGCCUGUCAUGAUUUGUGUGGCAUCAGACCCAGAAACUAGACAGUCCAUGGCAACAAGAGAUGAUCAUGUGAUCACAGUCAGCUAUCCAGAUGGCACUGUGAUUGUCGAGCACAGUGAUGGAACACGGAUCACAACGUACUAUCGUGAGAGUAACAUCCCGGUCAGUGGAGAUGACCAGAGUGAGACAGGUGAAGCUCCUCAGAUGCAGAAUCAGACCAUCAAGUUUGUGAAGAUUGAGUGUCCAGCCUAUGCUACUGUCCAGUUCAACUGUAAGACCAGCGAGAGCCUGACUGUGUUUGGCAGUGGAACUAACAUCAACGUCUUCCCUGAUGGUUUCUAUGCUGUACACCACUGUGAGGGGGGUCGUAUUGAGGUUGACACAGAGGGCACCAUGUCCUACUUUCCAAAGCCAAACAAAAGUAUGGAGCAGAUUCUUCCUGAGCGAGGAAUUCAGUAUGUGUUGCGACACAAUGCUGAUGUCGUCUGUGAAACUGUCGAUGGAGAUGGCAAUGUGUUCAAUGUGAAAUACACAGGGGACUAUUCUGUGAUAAUGGCCAAUGGAGAUGAGACAUCCAAUGAGAGUGUUGAUGAUCACAAACAAGAUAAGGGUGUCACCCAGUAUGGUCAGCACGCACCCCGAUUCUUCAUUAUUCAUGCAGAUGGCAGCGGUACAGAGCUGAUGCGGUACCAGGAUGUGGCAGAGUAUCUAACCUCCGCUGAGGAGAGCACUGCAACAGCUGUUGUGACGGAUCCCCUGCCUGACCACCCUGGGGUGACAGGUAUCACCAUCCUUAAGCCUUACAUCGGGGGGCCAUCUGACCGCUGGCUGAAGAAGUAUGACAUGGAUUCUAUAAUCCCCAAUGGAAUACGAUCUCGAGAUCUGACAACUCUUCCACCUCAGGAAGAAAAGAAGGAUGGACCAGCGUUUGGGACAAAUGUUGGCCAGGGUCUGGCCAUUGGAGCAGCUGUGCGUAGUCCAACAAGGAUCCCAAUACUCAAAUGUCCAUCGGUGCUUGAGCUGAGACAAAUUGUACAGUACAAGCCUGUCACUGAGACUCUCAGGAACCAGCUGCGAGGGGGUCUACAGGACUAUGCUGAGUAUGUCAUGGCCAGACAAGAGGCUGCAGAGGAGAUGAUGGUCAGAGAUCCACGGUCAGAGGAAGAGAAGAUAUUGGCUGCUGACCUCCAGGCCACUGUCCAGCGUGAGCCACGCACAAUUGACCCAGCCACCAUCAAAGACCUAUAUGAAAAGGCCACAUCUCCCGUAGUGCCCAGCCCUCCCCCAACGCCCCAGUCUAGGCGAACCAGAGCAGACUGGGAGAGGGAUCAGAGAGAGGUUGCAGAGGAGAUUGAGGGACGCAAUGCUCUCCGAAAUAAUGUCAUCCCACUUUACUUUGAGAGUGAGCUUGGCAAAGCCUUCUUGUUAACACAGGCCAAAGACAUGGACCAGAUGAUGAAAGAAUUGUCCGAGGACCCCCGUCGAGAUGGCACUGAGGCAGUAAGGGGGGACACCAGUAGUUUGGGCUACCCACAGGAGACUCCCGUAGACACCCGCAGAGGACAGUCUACAAUCCGCACAUCGCAGCAGAGUGACAGGUCAUCAGUAUCCGCCUCACCCUACACACAAACUCAAACCAAGAUCACCAUGGAAACCCCAUCUUCUUACACAGGGUUAAUGAAUGACACCACCAUCACCCCAUCAGCUCUUCGUCCUGGAAACCCCACCCCCGCUCAUGCAGCUGGUCAGGGUUCCCCUGCCCCCCUCAGGCCAAAGAACCCCACCCCUGCCCAGGCCGAGAAGUCUAUGAAUGAACGACCAGUGAACCCCACACCAAAGCUUGCCGGUGGCGUUGGUAUGACUGAUUCCCCCUCUGAGCCUCCCAGCCAGUACCAUGGCAGUGACUGCCCAGCUAUCAAGGAGCAGCCUCGGGAAGAGGAAGGUGUGUCGGCAGAGUUUUCCCAAGACAGUGACUUUGUGUUGACACGCAGUCUGAAGGUCAAUGUCAUUGGUGAACCCAGAAAGUACACUGUGCCUCUCCCAUCUUCCAUUCAGGGAGGGAGACCUGGGGCACUGCCAAAUGGUAGGUUCCAAGAAGUAGAGGAUAUUGUGCGUCGACGUGUAAACAACACAGUUGUGGCUGGGGCAACAUACCAAGGUCAAACCCGGCUUCAGCAGAUGAGAGGUCUGAACCUGUUGCCUGAGGACGUUGACUUUGGUGUGCUAAAGGAGGGCUACACCUACUCCUUCACUGUCUACCUGAAGAACACCGGCGUGGACAGCUGCCGCUUCAAAGUGCAGCAACCACCACCAGCCACAGGACUGCGAGUCAUCUACAAACCUGGACCGGUAGCAGCAGGCAUGAAGGCUGAGCUGACACUGGAGCUGUACGCCAUUGCUGUUGGUGUGGAGGGAGAAUCUGGUGUUGGCAUUGUAUCUCAUGACCUCAUUUUUGUCACCGAGACGGAUGUCCUACGCUUGCCUAUCAGAGCAACAGUCCUGACCGCACAUGAGUUUGAGAGAAGGGUCCAGGAGAGUCCAGUACGAGGAAAGUCUCCACAGGCUCGUCUUGUAUCCACCAAACCUCCAUCCACCACUGGCAUCAUCAGACCUCGAAGAGACCAGGAGAUCACAGGCAAAGUGUGAUGUCUUCAUCCUGGAGGAGAGGAGCUUCACCCAUCAGGAGAUCACGCUACAAGAAUAAUGCUGUGAUAUUCAUUUUAUCUUCUUUAUUUAUCUAAACUUACCACUGUACAUACUGUAGAAAACCAUUUACACCUUGAAACAUACGAAUGUACAUUAUUUCUGAUGUUUGUUUUGUGAUAUAACACUGUAUAAAACAGCUUAUUGUUAAAUUAAAUAUUCUUGAAUUAUAA